GAUGAUAUCCAAGCGGGUAAACCGAAUGAUGGACAUCCCCCGAACAAUAUAAUUAGAUUUAGAGCGCACAAAAAACACAAAGGAGACAGAGACCGGCCAGACCAUGUUGACCUGGCUAAUAAUGAUGAGGCUGCUGCAUUCGGCCCGGGGGGGAGGAGAGGGGCCGUCAACCGAUUCGUAUCCAAACACCACGGCCUGGAACGAGAGCCUCUUCACCACGGAACUAAGCCAACGGUGGGACAGCGGCAGGAGCUCUACGAUCCAGCCAGAGGAACCACCGCUCUACAGCACGGACCUGCCCACGUACGAGCAUUGCAUAGCCACCAGGAACUCGCUGGCGGACCUGUUCACGGUGGUGCUGUACGGAAUCGUGUGCAUCGUGGGCCUGUUUGGGAACACGCUCGUGAUCUAUGUGGUGCUGAGGUUCUCCAAGAUGCAGACGGUGACCAACAUCUACAUCCUGAAUCUGGCCAUAGCGGAUGAGUGCUUCCUGAUCGGCAUACCCUUUCUGCUCUACACGAUGCGCAUCUGCAGCUGGCGCUUCGGGGAGUUCAUGUGCAAGGCUUAUAUGGUGAGCACCUCCAUCACAUCGUUCACCUCGUCGAUCUUCCUGCUGAUCAUGUCGGCGGACAGGUAUAUAGCCGUCUGUCAUCCGAUAUCCUCGCCCCGAUAUCGCACCCUGCACAUAGCCAAGAUCGUGUCGGCCGUGGCCUGGUCCACGUCCGCCGUACUGAUGCUUCCGGUGAUCCUUUACGCGAGCACCGUCGAGCAGGAGGAUGGCAUCAACUACUCGUGCAACAUUAUGUGGCCGGAUGCGUAUAAGAAACAUUCGGGCACAACAUUCAUUCUGUACACCUUUUUCCUGGGCUUCGCCACGCCGCUCUGCUUCAUUCUCAGCUUCUACUAUCUGGUCAUACGGAAACUGAAGUCCGUGGGGCCCAAGCAGGCGACCAAGUCCAAGGAGAAGCGGCGGGCCCAUCGCAAGGUCACACGACUGGUGCUGACCGUCAUUACGGUGUACAUCUGCUGCUGGCUGCCGCACUGGAUAUCCCAGCUGGCGUUGAUCAACUCGAACCCGGCUCAGCGCGACCUGUCGCGCCUGGAGAUACUCAUCUUCCUGCUGCUGGGCGCCCUCGUCUACUCGAAUUCGGCCGUCAACCCCAUUCUGUACGCCUUUCUGAGCGAGAACUUCCGCAAGAGCUUCUUCAAGGCCUUCACCUGCAUGACCCAGCAGGACAUCAAUGCCCAGCUGCACCUGGAGCCGAGCGUGUUCACCAAGCAGGGCAGUCGUCGUCGUGGUGGCUCCAAGCGGCUCCUCACCGCCAAUGCCCAGGUGCCGCAGCUGCAGCCCAACAAUGCUGGCAACAAUAAUUCCUCGACGGCCACCUCCUCCACAACGACGGCGGAGAAGACCGCAUCGACAGGGGCCCAGGGGAAAUCCAGCAGCUCCAAUGGCAAAUUAGCCACAGCUCCCAAAGCACACCCCAGGGACCCGGAGAAUCUGAUCAUCUGCCUGGGGGAGCAGCAGGGGGAGGCCUUCUGCACCAUGGCCAGGCGGGGUUCCGGUGCGAUGCAGCAAACGGAUUUGUAACUAAUUUUAAGAUAUAUCUGACGAAUCCAUCAUCGGAUGGACGUAAGGAAAGGCAUGUUUUUUUU